AUGUUAAAGGAAAACUGGGUACUGUUCCAGGAAGGGCUGGGCCGAUGUACGACAACGAAAGUUUCGUUGAAAUUCAAGCAAGGAAUGGAAAAGCCAAAAUUUUGUUGGGUGCGACCGGUCCCUAUAGCGUUGAGACCCCAAGCAGAAGCGAAACUCAAGGAUUUAGUAGAGAAUGGCACCCUGACAAGGGUAGAACACGCAGAAUGGGCCACACCUUUAGUAAUAGUGGCCAAGCCUGAUGGAAAGACAAGUCUAUGUGGGAAUUAUAAGGAUGAGUAUUGUACUGAUAUUCAUUCCACCUUCAUCCAUCACAACUCCAUCACAACUCUGAUGGAAGCAGAGCGAUUUGUACAGACCUUGAAGAGCGGUUGCGAGAAGAGAAGGAAAGUUGAUAAAGCAGUGAAGAGCUAG